AUGACCUCGUCGACCCCCGCGCGCGCCACUGCCUCGACACCCGAUGCAGGUGCGUCCUUGAUCCCCACGCCAGCUGGAGCCCGCACGUCGUUCGUAGACGGUCUCCGCACGCCGCCCAGUGCGCGGGGCGGCCACUGCUUUGCGCCUUUCGACGACGUCGCGUCGCGCUCGUCGAACGUGUUGUCCCCGCGCGGCGCGGAACUCGCGACGCCCACGACGCCCGAAGCACGGCUGGACGAAGGCGAUACCAGUGGGUUGUACCGGGGUGCGAGUUCGCUGCCCGUGCUCUCGCAGCUGCCCAAACCAGACGACGGCCGGAGUUAUCAGCAGUUUGUCCAGCGCCAGUUGCAGUUGCCGCCGCUGUCGCCGCAUACGCGGAGCGCUGAUAAAGACGGCAGGCGAGCGGGACCGGCCAAGCGCAGUCAGACGUACGUGCAGCAGCUGUCGCGGGAGUCUGCGAGGGAACUGGCCAAGACCGCGUUCAGUUUGCGCUCGACGUCGAUUGGCGACGUGACGUUUGAGAACCCGCACGAAGUCGUGGGGAGCAGUUUGCGCGAGAGCAUUCGACGCGUCACGGCCUUUUCGAGACGAGAAGCACCGCUGGAUAGGGAGCUCACGACGAGCGCGAGGGUUGGACGCUCGGUGCGCAAGUGCACGUUGAAACUCGACCCUGAUACCAUCACGUGGACAAGAGGGACGAAGACACUGGGCGAGCUCUCAACCGAUGAUGUCGUCGGUGCAGAGGUGCUUGCCAGGAAGAACGCUCGUACGUUCCGUGUGCAUUACUUCAAAAAGGGGCACGGAACGGGCGCGAAGGCGUUGCUCCGCACACCGCGGUACGUGGACUUUCACGGACUGGACGUUUCGGUGAUGAAUAGCUGGGUUGCGGCUAUUCAGGAACUCGUGCGCUGGCAAGCACGUGCACCGCCGCUGGCCGAGAAACGGCUGCUGAAGGUUGUGGUGAACCCGCACUCGGGAAAGCAGCAGGCGCGACAGAUAUGGAGGGAAAAGGUGAAGCCGUUUAUGGACUUGGCCAAGUUUGACUGCGUGGUCGAAGAGACGACGCACUCGGGUCAUGCAGCUGAGAUGGGGAGAAACUACUCGGACGAAGAUGGGUUCGAGGCUCUUGUGUUUAUUGGAGGCGACGGCACCCUGUGCGAGUUCAUGAACGGACUCUUGACUCGCCCAGAACAUGAAUGGCGUGAAAUAGUGGCCUCGACGCCGAUUUCGCUGAUUUCAGCCGGGACGCAGAACGCUUUUGGCACGGGAGCUGGCAUUCCGACAGUGAAUGCAGCGCUGUACUGCAUCAUGAAGCGCAAAAUGCGCCCGUUGGAUGUCGUGACAGCUGUGUCUGCUGCUAACCCGAGCGUGGUGCACUAUAGCUACUGCGGUCUUGGCUGGGGCGUGGCAGGCGACAUUGCAGCGGAGUCGGAACGCUACCGCUGGAUGGGGACGCUCCGAUACGCUUUUUUGAAAGUGAAGCGCACAGUGGUUUUGCCCAAGAAGCACACUGGUCGAGUCCGGUACGUGUUGACCGAGCCACGCCCGCCGCUCAUUCGUUACGACGACUACCCGGACGCUGGUGCCUUGGACCAGUUUGAAGUGGAGGAAGGCACUGUGUACGACAUGGACCGUUUCAGUACUCAACGCAAGUCGUGGGCGGGUACCGCUGGCAGCAUUAUGAGCCCGGCGAGUCGCAAGCGGUACCCCGAGUUGCUGUGGAAAGAGGACCGCGACAACUACGUCGUCGUGGGCGUGGUCAACAUUUCGCCCGAUGGCGCCUUCUCGCAUCCGUCGGACGGCAGCAUGGACCUCAUUGUUACUCGCAAGGGUACUGUCGUACGCACAGCGAAGCUCUGUGGUCUGUACCUGAUGGGCAAGGAGCUCCAGAGCGACCUGGUGUCGUACUUGAAGGUCAAGGCCGUGGAGAUUGAGCCCGACCAGCCAGAAGACUGCAUGAACAUCGACGGCGAAGUGCUGGAAGGCGGUCCGUGGCGCAUGGAGGUGGUGCCAAGUCUUUUCAAGGUGCUGUCUGAAAAAUAA